AAAUGGUACAAUUAGUGGUGAGCUUAAUUAGAAAUAUCACUAUUAAAAAUAUAAUUGCAGAUAGAAGGUUCGCAGUCAGAGAAGAGAGUACGCGUUCAUGUUGAUCGUGAAUUGCUGGGAAAAUUUUCAGCAAUAGCAGAUGUAUCACAUGAAGUUUAUUUUCUGUCAGAAAAAUCCAUGAUCGAGCUACGUUUUUGGCAUACUUAGAACAAAAACAACAGAGAUCGAACACGAGGAAGUCUGGAGUAAGGCUACAUUUUGGCGAGAGUAUCAUGUAUUUAGCAAUCAUGCAACUAAACAUGGACCACAAUGCAACGUGUUUCCCGCGACGCUGAAAGUAAUUAAAUAUCACGACUAGUGUUUCUGGUGUUUGUUAGAAACAGAAUUCAAAAUGAAGACAUGUGCGAGAAAGAUGUUUUACGUGCUAUUUCCUAUUGCCUUUCUGCUCGCCAAAAGCAGUAUGCCGACCAGCCAGAUUUCUUUCGACAAAUUAAAUUCAACAACUUCGAAGCAGAUGGAUAGAAAAGUGCUGGUCGAUAAUCUCAGACAAGCCAUAAAUGAUAGUUCAAGCGAUGUGGAGAGAAACAUUGCUUCUCGAUAUCCAGAAUUUUUGAAUCUUGCAGCACAGAUCAUGAGUCAGUCUGAUGACAGUGAAAAAGUUAUUUGUGCUCGAGCGUUUUCAAGGUUUAUGAAAGCAUUUGAUCAAUGUCAACCCGAAAGCAUCACACCAAACUCAUCAUGCUACAGUGGGAAUUGGCAGAAGCAAUUUGAAACAUUCUCGUCACAACAAGCAAUAUGUGAACCCCCAAAAAUGAAUGCAACUCGAACGAAAAAAAGGCUUCUACCGAAAGGGAUCCCAGCGCUGUAUGUAAUGGUCGCAGUGAAGAUCGUAGCCAGGGCUGCAAUGCUCUACAACGAAAGGAGAUGUAAGCAAAUGGGAGGCAUAUAUCAUGAUGGCAACAUUUGCCUAGCUGUAACACCACGUUUAAGCGGAAGCAGAACUGUGGAAGGAAACAUGAGUGGAAAUGAGAGCAGAAGUGGUUUGGAAAUGUUUAUUAUUGGCCGAGAAAAAUCUAAAGACAUGUUGAUGAAAAUAAGUUUGGCAGGGAAUAUCACGUCUUUGCUUUGUCUCAUUCUUCUUAUCUUAACUUACAUCGCCCUGCAGAAGCACCGUACCGUUCCAGGGAAAACCACAAUUUGCCUAUCAGUCUGUCUAACCUGUGCCAGCGUAUUCCAAAUCAUCAUACCCUAUUUCAGUGAAAUAAAAACCUUUUGCAUCAUUGCUGGAGCUUUCCUGCACUGGUUCCUUCUUGCUUCGUUUUUUUGGAUGUCUUCACUGGCCUACGAGUACUUCAUUGGGUUCCAUCAAAUCCGUUUGGUUUCACAUGCAGCAAAAAUGGUGAGAUUCAAAGCGUACUGCGGAGUAUCGUUUUUGGUGCCAACAAUUGCUCUUCUGGUAUGUCUCUUGCUUGAUAUUCCUAACGGGACCAUCACACAAUAUGGUGCUAACGAAAGAUGCUUCAUAGUUGGGUUCUGGACAAAUUUAUUUGCGUUCGUAGUGCCUGUUGCCAUAAUACUGUCCAUCAAUAUUGGACUGCUUGUUUUCACGAUAAGAGACCUGCACCAGCGGAAAAAAGCGACACAACACAUAACCAACGGCACAAACAGGAAGAAUGUCGUCCUUACGCUGGUGGCUUUGAAAAUGUCUGUCAUAUUGGGAGUCGCUUGGCUGAUGGCAUUCGUUGACGGAAUCAUCUCCAACAUUGUGGUCCGGUACAUCUAUGUUAUUGUUGUCACAUUCCAGGGUCUGUUUAUUUACAUUGCUUUUGGCAGCAUACACGCCGUCUGCUAUCAUAUAAGAAGUAAAAUAUGCAAGCGAAUAGAAGAUUCCUCAGUAACUCCUACAAAAGAGACCAAGAUGUGACAACCAAACAAAACUUUGUAUUCGGUCUGAUUCGAAUACGUACUCUGAAACUAUAACUUGCUUAAACCGAACAAAGCGUGUAAAAAAGAAACAUGGAAGUUCACUCAAAGCGUAGCUGAUGAACAAUAAUAAUUAUUCUUGGAAACUUUUUUGGUAUUAAGGAUUCAAUAUGAUUGAGCAGUCGUUAGAAACUUCUCAAAGUGUUUAAAAAUCUAAUAUCUUUUAAGUAUCGUAACGAAACAUAGAAAACAAUUACACUCUUAUAAGAUCAAUUUCAUUGGAGCACCAGCCUCAAGAUUGGUUAGAAUUUCAGAAAAAAUUAAGACCAAGUUGAGGCUGAAAAUUGUUAAAAUUCCAUCCCCUUUUAAAAAGUCCAUCUCAAAAAGGAGGAUUUUUUCGCUAUCUAGAGGAGCUUUUUCAAUAAAUUUAAAAACCUGCCUGUAAAUAAAGGAUGGCUCACUUACAUUGCUGGCAAAUGGGGCCUGAGCACGCUCCUUGAGCACAAUACCUACUGAUUGCAUUGCCUACACUUUAAUAAUUUAAGGACAAUCAACAACAAGCUCGCAAUUCAGUUUACAGGUUCUUUUAAGAAAGAAUGUAUAACGUUGCUGCAGUUGAUGAUGGAGGAAAAUUUUUAAGUCAAACUGUUUCUCAGUUGCUGCUUGAAUUUGGCUUUGUAUCUACAUAUAAAUAAAUUCUGAAGCUGAACUAUCGUGGAAGUGAAAUAAAAGUAUGAUGAAUCUACGAAAGUGCCCGUUUACGUGAGGGCGAUCACCACCCCCUUUUCCUGAAUGAAUCCUGGCUUUAGCCCUGGUCAUCAUUUGAGCUCAACAAUGCGUGUAGGUGAAAGCAAUUGUAAAUACUUGUAAAAAUGUAAAUUUAUAAUACGUGUAUUCGUCUAAUUUAGAAAUACCAUAACUAGUAGUUAUCUUCUAAAGCUAUUUAGUUGUUGCACGGUUUCUUGAAGUUUUCAAUUGACAGCUUAGAAAUC